AUGCUGGCUGAGCUGAUCUGGUGGGCUCGCCGCAAGCGGACAGCCUUCCUAGGUGUGAAGCACGUGUCGGCAGAUGGGGCUCUUGAGGACCAUCCGCAUGAUUUUGAGAUGCCCGACUUCAUCGCCGGUGAGGAGGUUCGCCUGCGGCGCCUGGAGAAGCAACGCCUGGCCGGUGACCUGGCAAGGCCCACGAAAUCCGCAACCUCACGUAGCACCGAGGUGGUCGCGCAGCGGCUCACGCAGCCGCAGAAGGUGAUCGAUGCUGCGGCCGAGCUGCGCAAGGCCAACACGCAGGCUGAGCUCUGCCGCAUUCAACGGCGCCUUGCGGACGUCGAAUCCGCUUCCUCGGAUGCGAAAGCGGGCCUGGGACCGAAGCUGCUGCACGUGAACAAGUGGGUUAAGGCCCAGGCCGAGGAGCAGCGG